AGCUCUGAUAGACCAGGCCAAACAUCUGGGCAACCUGGCCUUCAACAUCUGGAGCAACAUGGAGAACAUGGUCUCCUACACUCCUCUGGUCCUGGACCCAAACACGGCUCACCCGGCUCUCGUCCUGUCUGAAGAUCUGACCAGGGUGAGACGAGAGGACCAGCAGCAGCUUCCUGGCAACCCGGAGAGGUUUGACUUUUACAAUUCUGUGCUGAGUUCUGAAGGUUUUCGCUCCGGGACCCAAAGCUGGGACGUCGACGUUGGAGACAGCUCCCACUGGGGCCUCGGUGUGUUGGCCGAGUCGGUCCAGAGGAAGGGGAACCUGACCGCGGGGCUGUGGGUGGUUUAUCUCUGUAAAGGGAAAUAUACGGCCUGGUCCCCGACAGGUUCGUCCACUGACCUCCACAUCCAGGGCAAACUGCAGAGGGUCAGAGUUAACCUGGACUGGAAAAGAGGAAAGCUGUCCUUCUCUGAUCUGGAUACAAACAGCUACAUACACGUCUUUACGCACACUUUCACCGAGAAGUUGUUUGCAAUUAUUAAUCCUUCAGAGAAAGUAAAGAUCUUACCGAUGAAGAUCUCUGUGUCAAAGUGGAAACUCUGAUCCGUUCUCAAACGCAGCUUAAAGAUUCACCAGACGCUUAAUUAGGCCCUCCCUGCUGGUGUCCCAGCUGGAAGGAGCUUCAUAUUUUAUAUGAACCUGAUACCAAAUAAUGAAAACCAAAACAUUACAUUCUUACAUUUUAAUAACGAAGAUCCAAAAGUCAAUGAAUCUGUCCUUUUUGUUUUGCCGUAAUACAUUUAUUGUACUGUUCAGUUCAAACUAAAAAUAUUUUCUAGUUUCUUCAGUUUAAAGUAAAGCUACCAAUAAAGCUGUAAUACUCAGUUAAAGCCUCCUCCAUCUCUACUAGUGCGAGUUGGUUUUGCUGUUUGCUAAGAUAAGGAAAAAGAAACGUGGAAUUUGUUUGCUCGUAUCUAACUGACUUUAACGCCGGGAUGAAACUGAAUCAUCUCUUAUCUGUGAUAUUACAUCCCUGCUUUAGAGUAAAGAUGUCGGAUUUAGUUUCAUUGUUUUAUGUUAUGUUCAUUUGGAGUUUCUUUUGUCAAAUGUUUACUAUUCAAGCAGAAGUAA